AUGGCCAUGAUACUGUCCACCCCGGUGAUGGACACGUUCAGCCCAGACCAGCUCCCGGGAACCCUUUUCAACUACGGCAGCGACUCCUACGGUGACGCAGACUCCUUUUUCAACUUUGACGACGCUUGCGUUGAAGGGCCGGUCCCUGAAGUCGAGGAGGAGACUGCGCAAAACCCAGAGACCGCCAUCGAGGAGGCCUUGAUAUCACAGCUCUCCGAGAGCCAAAUCUCUGACGGCUCGCUUUUCGGAGGUAAUGGCAACUCUAAUGAUGGUUCCCUACUUAAGUACGAGCAAGAAGAGGGCAAGCCCGCGCAGGUCGCGACAAUCAAUCCCAACGUCCUCUUCAUCACAUUGCCAGGAACACCACCGCCACUCAAGCAGGAGCAGCGCCAACUAACACCUCCCACCACAGACGCCACGGCUCUUGUGCUACCGAGCAUAGAGCCGACAGAAUUGAAACAGGAAUUCAAGCCAGAGUUUCAGCAGGACUUCCAACAAGACUUGAGGCAAGAGCCUACGCCCUUCGUCGACGACCCGAAGCUCCAGGCCCUCUUCGAGGAAUUCGAAGGUCCCAUCGCCGAAGCCCUCCAACUCCCCACAGCGGCCCCGACUCCGGCCCCAGGAGCAGUACCCUGCGUCGGCACAUCGUGGCCCUCUCCCCCGCCGAGCGUUCCCUGGCCCUGUUUCGACGGCCUCGAGUCCAGUGGUGACACGGCAUGGGACCUGAACAACAACUCGGCUGCGGGGCUUGGCAGUGGCGGCGGCGGUGGUGGUGAAGAUCUCUUUGCCUCCCCUCCUCCCCGCGACAUGUUUGCCUACCAACAACCGUGCGGUGACCACCCGUCUUCUGUGCUCGGAGACGCCCGCGAAGUCUUUGACCUCGAUACCUUUGAUUUCGACGACUCCAAUAGGGAAACGGUUACCUAUGACGGCCUCGAAUCCUACAGCCCUGCCAACGUCAAGCAAGAAGCCCCCAACUUUAACGGCUUCGCCUUCAGCAACGUCAAACGGGAGCCCGCCUCCUCGGCGGCUUUCUUUCACCCUUCACCAAAGACCACUACCGACGUCUUUACCGCCCCUCCACCGCCGCAAUCUCAACACCAUCUGACCCCAAAGCCCGGGUUCGCUCCCUUGGUCCCUGAUUUGGCACAAGUUUCAGCCGCCGGUCAAGUCUCUUGCAACUACGACGACGAAUCGGUAAACUUCCUUUAUUCCCUUCCACUGUUCACCCCUCUGACCACUCCGCAGUCCAUCCCGCGCAGUGUGCCUGCUACCACUUCCACUCCCGCCGCCGUCGCCACGGCGAGACUGGUGCACCCCAAGCCCAGAUCACCCCCCUUUCCUGCUGACUUCAUCCAUCGCCACAGUCUGUCAACCGCACCGACAGACGUGCUUCCCUACAGUAUCCUCAACAGAGAGGGCCUCUUUGAAGCCGGCAUUCCCAACCCCCCGUCAUACCUGACUCCAGCUCACACUCCAUCCAGAGACCUCACAACCCCCGUCGUGAAUGGGAAGAUCCUCAAGCGUAUUCCCAAGCCCGCCAAGGCCAAGGACGUGGACGUAUCAGACUGGUAUGACUCCCUCCCCGAAGCACCCACGGCCUGGGGUGGCCACGACCACACAAAGCCCAUGUUCCAAUACAACAAGGAGGGCGAGCUGCUGCCGAAUCUGCGCUUCACCCGUGAGCAGAUCCUGUACUACAUCAGAGAGCGGAAGCAGCAAGGUCUAUCCCUCACCCUCUGGAUCCAAAACGUCCCCCACGGUUGUAAGACGCGCGUGGGCGACGACAGACUACGCGCGUGCCGCUGGUCAGGCUGCCCGGCUUACAAGGGUACCAUCCUCAAAGGCUUCUGGCGCGUCUGCUUCGACGAGCGGCCCGAAACCUCGGGGAAGCAGCAUGAUCCGUACCACAACGCGGGCUACAUGCACUUGUGGUGCAUGGAUCGCUGCUUCGAUCUCCUCGAGAUUGCCCAAGCAUUCGACCUGAAGCCCGAUACACGCUACUUUGAAAAGGAAGAACGCAACCCCAUGGCCAUGACCCGUGAUCACGACGAGCUGGUGAUGGAGUUCGAAGAGUGGCGCACGUCCCAGCAGGCUGCCUACGAAGAAUGGCAAAGGUCGGCAGAGACGAACAAGAUGAUGGGCCUCCCCGUUCAGAACCGCCAGGUCGGCCGAGAAGCCAAGCUAUGGUAUGUGCUGACGACCAAGCACCUGGCGCUGGAGACUCCGGUGCGGAGCAACAUGCGGAAGAAGAGAAACGGCAUUUCUAUUGACAAGCACAAGGGCGAUCUCGACUGGUACGUGGAGAGAGUCAACGAGAAAAAGGUAUCCAAAAAGGGGCACUCCAUCGUCGAGGAGCUUGACAGCGACGACGAUGAAGGUGGCCAAAAGACUCCCGCGACCAGGGCGGCCCGUCCGAGUAUCAUCGAGAAGAGAAAGCGCGAAGCUCUUGCCAAGGGUCCUGGAGCUGGGGCCGGCGCGGCCGCCAUGCGACGGUUCCAAACGGCCGGACGGCAGGCUGCGGCCGAGAGCACACGCCCGCGCUAA